GGGUGGAUGAGUCAAAGAGGCGUGCUUAAUGGGAGUGACAUAAAUACUAGACGAUGAUUGGUUUUUCAACCUCACAAAAGACCUCCCCCGAUUACCUUUUUCAAAAGAGGAAGUAAGUUCAUUUUGCUGUUACUUGACAUGGCGCCUGGAAGUGUUUGGAGAUUAAUUCGUCACUGUAACCUUGCUUCCCUUCGGUAUGUGGGGUGCACGUUAUGGCAGCAGAACGCACCUGUGGCCGUGGGGGCCGCGGCGAACAGUAGACAGUUCUCUAGCGAUGCUCCCCCGCAGAACAUCAGCCGAUACCCGAUUCCAAACAAGAAAGACCUGCCAUUCGACAUGUUAGAACUAAUGGAGGAGGUGGAGACCAAGGGAGGCUUCCUUCCCAAUGUCUUCAAGGUCCUGGCACAUCGUCCAGCAGAGUUCCGUGCUUUCUUUUCCUAUUACAAUGAACUGAUGAACAAGGAGACAGGGGGACUAACGAAGGCUGACAGGGAGCUGAUUGUGGUCGCCACCAGUAUCCACAACCAGUGUCUCUACUGCGUCGUGUCUCACAGUGCACUGCACCGCAUCUACUCUAAGAAACCCACACUGGCUGACCAGGUGAUUGUAAACUAUGAGAACGCAGAGCUGUCCCCUCGGGAGCGGGUCAUGCUGGACUUUGCUCUGGCCGUGUGUCGCAGCGACACCGUCACCGACCAGCACUUUCUGUCCCUGGAGGAAGUGGGCUUUGACCGGGAGGACGCCUGGGACAUCGCUGCCAUCGCUGCUUUCUUUGCCAUGUCCAAUCGGCUGGCCCACCUGACCGACAUGAGACCCAACGCAGAGUUCUACAACAUGGGCCGUAUGCCCCGGGACAAGACCAAGUGGGAGGGAGAGGGCAAGUAGUGAGGUGACAAGGGAUACAGAAAACAUCACACAGACUUUAAGUUUCUUCCUAUUGAUUUUUAUGGGUGUCUUAACCAGAGACUCAAGAGGCCAGGGGACCUAUCUAAGCAUGUGAUAUCAAAUGUGACUGUUUAGGGCCGGUCUGCCACACAAUAUCUACAGUAGAACCUGUUCAUGUUACUUUGUGGAGGUCUCUGGGCUCAAUUGUUAACUGAGGAUUUUGAUAUGUUAAAUUGAGUUUGGUUGUAAGUAUGUGAAACUCAGGGUAUAUAUCUCUGUAAUAUUCACUCUAGGAAAGGCAUUUGGGAUGUCUGAUAGUCAGGCAGUAACAUAAUGGAACACUCAAUGCUAUGCAAUGACAAUAAGGAAUUUAUCUUCUGUUUCUCUCUCUCCCUCUGUCAAUUUGGUUAAAAUAGAACAAGCCCUGCUGUCCUGUCCUCUUGGUUCAUAACAUCUCCAUGUACACUGAGUUUACAAAACCUAAUGAAUACUUCUUUCUCAUGACAGACUGACCAAGUGAAUCCAGAUGAAAGCUUUGUCACGUUAAAUCCACUUCAAUCAGUGUAGGUAGAUGAAGGGGAGCAGAUGGGUUAAAUAUAGUUUAAAAAUAUUUUUUGUAAUGCCUUUAGACAAUUGUGACAUGGCCUGUGUAUGGGUGCCAUUAAGAGGGUGAAAGGGCAAGACAAAAGAUUAAGUGCCUUUAUUUUUUAGAAUCUAAAAUCAUUAGAUAAACCAAUUUAAUUUUCAUAAGCAUUGCAGAAUUUAAUUACCUUUUCUGGCUGUGAUGGGUUCAUAUUCCUGAAGGAGCCAUACAACAAAUUACUAUGUACACCUCAUUUCAUUGGACCUAGUAAAUAGAUAGGCUAUGUAUUUCAGGUUUUACAACAUCAUAGACAGUGCGGUUUAUAAUACCGGUAUACAGUAACAGCUGAUAUUUUACAUUGAUGUGUAUGUAUCAAGUUGUCACAUGCACAAGUACAGUGAAAUGCCUUUCUUGCUCUUUCCCAACAAUGCAGUAAUGACUACCAGUAGUACUAUAAAUAAAAAAUGCAAACUUUUAA